AGAAGCAGCAGCCCACCUACGUCUGACCAUGUCAAUAUGACCCAAGCAAUCUUCAUUAUCUCCUAUAAAUAGCAAUGGUUUAGUAAGUUUCUCCAAGCACAAGCACAUAGAGUAGCAGCAAAGCAGCAAGAACCAACUUGCGGAAAGAAACAUGUCUCCACCUGUUAAGAUCAUCGGCCAUUACGCGAGCCCAUUCUCGCACCGCGUCGAGGCCGCUCUGCAGCUCAAGGGCGUGCCAUACGAGCUGAUCGAGGAAGACCUGAGCAACAAGAGCGAGCUGCUGCUCGCCAACAACCCUGUCCACAAGAAGGUGCCCGUGCUCCUCCAUGGCGACCGGGCCAUCUGUGAGUCCCUCGUCAUCGUUCAGUACGUCGACGAGGCCUUCGACGGGCCGCCUCUCCUCCCGGCCGACCCUUACGACCGUGCCAUGGCCCGUUUCUGGGCAGACUUCAUUGACAGCAAGCUAGUCAAGCCGUUCUGGCUGGCACACUGGACAGAGGGCGACGGGCAGAAGGCUCAGGUGGAAGAGGCCAAGCAGAACCUGGCCCUUCUGGAGGCGCAGCUCAACGGGAAGAGGUUCUUUGGUGGCGACACCGUCGGCUACGUCGACUUGGCUGCCUGUGUGUUGGGUCCUUGGCUCAGCGCGGUAGAGGAGGUGACUGGAGUGGUUGUGCUUGACGAAGACGAGUACCCUGCUCUACGCCGGUGGUCCAAAGAGUACAGUUCCUACGAAGCUUUGAAGCAAUGCGGCCCGGGGAGAGACCAGCUCGUCGCCUUCUAUACUGAAAAGAAGGAGAUGUACAGGAUGUUCGCUAAUGCAUUGUUGCAGCAAUAGUUGGGUGCCAGCUCAUUUGUAAUUUUCAUGAUCUUUUUCCUCUCUUUGUUUGUUUCCUGAAUUCCCCUUCUCCCCUCCUCACCUCUUCUGUCUUAGCUAUGUACGUACUUUGUUUAUUCUGUUUUUAAUAAAAUACAGUGGGAGAUCAUUGCUCCUCCUGAUCCCUCAAAAAAAA